AUUGGCGAGCAAUCUUCCUGGUGUGUGCGAGAGGAGUAAGUGGUAGCGCUAGCUCUCAAAUCAGUAGGCAGAGCCUCUCUUUCUCUCUGUCUCUCUCUCUCUCGGAUUCCCAAGCGGCGGAGCGAUGGCCAAGGCAGCGGAGAAGAAGCCUGUAGCUGAGAAGGUCCCAGCGGAGAAGAAGGCGGCGGAGAAGAAGCCGCGGGCGGAGAAGAAGACCCCGGCCAAGGAUCCAUCGGCGGCGGCGGACAAGAAGAAGCGCAAGAUGAAGAAGAGCGUGGAGACGUACAAGAUGUACAUAUACAAGGUACUCAAGCAGGUCCACCCCGAGACGGGCAUUUCGAGCAAGGCCAUGGGGAUCAUGAACAGCUUCAUCAACGACAUCUUCGAGAAGCUAGCGCAGGAGGCCUCGAGGUUGGCUCGCUACAACAAAAAGCCCACAAUCACCUCGCGGGAGAUCCAGACGGCGGUUCGUCUCAUCCUUCCCGGCGAGCUCGCCAAGCAUGCCGUGUCCGAAGGGACCAAGGCCGUCACCAAGUUCACGAGCUCUUGAGCUUGUUCUUCCUGGAACUCGAGUAGCUUUUGCCUCUCCUUUCUUUUUCCUAUUAAUCUAAGUGUCGUUGUAACUCCUGUAUACUUGAUCUUCAAUGGUGAAACUUUUUUUUUCCAA